AUGGACAUAAGUAGAAACACUCUACCAAGUUGGUGCACAAAACAGGCUCAGCAACCCAUCAAUGCCCGCUUGUUAUUAAUCUUAACUGAUGAAUCAUUCUCGUCAACUUGGUGCAACAUUCAAGCACCCAAAGUUGAGGUUCUAGUUCUGAACUUCCAAACAAAUAAUUACAGCUUACCUGCGUUUGUGGAUAAAAUGGAUAAUCUCAAGGUUUUGAUCAUCACCAAUUAUGGUUUCUUUCCUACUGAAUUAAGAAAUUUUCAACUACUCAAUUCUCUACCCAAUUUAAAGACAAUCAGAUUGGAGAAGGCUUCAAUCCCUUCCCUUUGCAAUGCCCCUAUAUUGUUGAAGAGUUUGAAGAAAAUAUCCUUGUUCAUGUGUAAUAUUGCUCAGGCUUUUGGGAAUUGUACUAUCCAAGUUUCAGAUGCAUUGCCAAAUCUAAUGGAGAUAAACAUUGACUAUUGUAAUGAUCUUGUGGAAUCACUACAAGAAAAAUGCCUAUUAGCGACUAAGAACUUUUGA